UGGACCUGAUUACAUAACUGCAUGCUGAUUGUGCAUGACGAGGUUUUUCCAUCCGACUUUUACAUAUUCCACAUACAUAUUUCUUAGGACACAAGUCGGAAAAUAAGAUUCCCCUACAAGAAAGGAGACUUCCGCUUGUGUGAAAUUAAUACAAUUUUGUAUUUUCAAAUAUACAAAUUCGUCACAUUUAAAAUAAAAGCAUUAACACAUCCGUGAUUAAAAUGUAUGUAGCUUGAUCUUAAGAUACAUACAUAUCUUAGUAAAUAAAGUAAAAAAAAACGAGAAUUCCAAAACGAUUUAAGUUGAAGUUGAUUCCCGAAAUUAUUAACUGUUAUUAAUUAGUAAUUGUUAACGGAGAGGUAAAAUAAUCACAUUUUUAGUUUCAAUGUAUUUUCCAAACACUCAAGAAUCUUAUAAAAUCACGCAGAUGGCGCCACCAUGGGUUAAAGUAGCCGAGACCGAAGUGCCUAAACCAAUUGUGAGUAGGCCACCCUGGGUGACGACAGCUGUGGCUACUCCGCCACACCCAUUCUCAUUACCCAAGAUACCAUCAGAACCACCAUCGGCUGGUCAAAUCCAAUGCGACUUAUAUGUCAACGGUCAAAACCAAAACUUCCCGCGUCCAUCUGCUAUUCAAACAUCGGGGCAAUCACCAAACAGCUUAGCGAUCUUUUUGCAACAGGCACCCCUUCGUACCCCAUCUGCCGCUGUAGAACAAGAAAUCCCGCAACAAUCACAACCAUGUAACAAGAUUAAAAAACCAGCCCCCGUAGCAGCCGGUCCGUUGGCAGGGGCGAAGUUUGUCCUGCCUCCACUUCCAGUUCGUCAAGCUCCUAAACCCGUGACUGGAAAGACGGACCGUGAGUUGGCCAGGAUAGCAAGUCUGCGUCAAUCCGUGCGCCCUCGCCCGGACGAUAUUACCAGCCUGCUGCUUGAAAUACAAAGAGGAAUGAAAUUAAAUCACGUUCCUUGUGACGACAGGUCAAAACCACUCGUUCGACGAUGUCAGACUUUCUAUCCUGAAUUUUGAUGAGAACUAUGCCUAAAAAUGGUUUUUGUUUGUGGAAUGAUGUAUAUUUAUUCCUCUGAUUUAUGUUCGGAGAAAAUAAAUAUAAAAAGGAUUAUGUGUUAUAAAUUGGGUAUGAUGGAUGACAUUUUUACAAAAGUUUGUUGCUUCAAGCUCAGUUGUACCACUAGUAGGUUAGUUUUGUUGUGACCUGCAUUUCAUAACAUUGGAUUUAAAACCUCACGUUUUUGUAUAAGUUCAAUUAAUCCUUAUAAUUAGGGUUGCCGUGAGACGAGAUGAGGCGAGAUAGACUUCGUCUCAGCUCAUCUCACUACUUGAUGAAAUGAGAUGGAA